AUGUUAUAAUAAUAAUUAAAUAAAAAUUUAAAAAAAAGCCUUUACCAGCUUUUUAAAAACAAAAGUCUUCCCCAGAAUCGAAAAAGUAAGUUAAAAACUUAAAGUAAACUAGUGAGCAGUAACAAAACCCGAGUAUUGAAACAGUCUUAGAAAUACAACAGCUCUAAGUGUCUCUUUGUUCCAAAGAAUAAGGAACGGUAAUCAUACUACAUCACUCCCCCUUCGAAAUAUAAGGUAAUUCGACUUUUAAUUGUUAUAGAACCCACUCACUAACAUCGAAGAAUUAAAUAUUGAUUCUAACUGUUCGACUGAUAGCAGUCAAAAAUUAGAAAAUUUGAGUCCUGUGUAUUACUGCCCAAAAGGAAAAGAACCAUGUGGUGAGUUGCAGGUAGUCCUAAAUGGAGAUCUGAUAUAAGUGAUUUCUUAGACCAAAAGCAGAAAGAAAUCACGAAAAUUCAGUGACCAAGAGACCUAUGCGAUGAGUAAUUUCAUUGCAGGCCCUAAAUGUUAGGAAAUACCUUGCCCUAAGUUCCUUUGAUGAUAUAUAUAUAUUAUCUAUUAUUUCAAAACACCCU